AAAAAUUAAUUAAAUUAAUGAAAUAAUUAUCUGCCACAUUAGCAAUCUCUCGCUCCUUGCGUAGUAACAAGAGAUAUUGAAAUAUCGUCAAAACUCAAACCGGCGACCAUGAAUGUCAAAGUGGAUCGACAAGGUUUAGAGGAAAUUAUCAUCAUCAAGUUUAUUUUAAUGUCAAAGUUUGUUUAGACUUUAGUUUGAGUUAAUGUUUAUCUUUGUAGUCUCCAAAUGCUAGCUUGCACAUGUUGUCUUGUAGUGCAAAGCUUUUGCCUAGGGUUUCAUUUCCCCCCCAACUCAUCUUUGUUGUUAUGGUAUCAGAGCCUCAAAGUUCUAGAGAACCCUAAAAUCCUUCUACCCACAAAAACAAGGACUAUGUCCAGUUCUGAAAAUUUCAGAUCAUAAAUCAUUAAAAAAAAAUUGUUCUUCUCCAUUCCCAUCUGUUCCCUACCCGAAUCUCCUCACCAUCAAAAAAAUUCCGCCAUCACCAUCUCAAAUCUUUUCCCAUCUUCCCAGAGCAACAAAAACCCCAACUCAACCAAAUCCCUUCCAUCCUCCGCCGCAAAUCAGCACCACCAUUCCACCUUUUCUUCCCCAAAAAUCCCAGAUCCAAAACCCACUCAUCCUCAUCUCGCCGAGAAACCAUUCUUCCUUUCCCACAAAUCCCCUUCUUCCGAAAACCCAGAUCGACAACCAGCAGAUCUGAAAUCGUCACGAACAACCACUCUGCUCUUCCCCAAAUCAGCUCACUGGAGGUGUUCGCCGUUAUCGAUCGCCUUUCACUCAAUAGUUAUUGUCGUUGACAUGGCCAAGAAAGGGCCACAGGAGAACCCAUUCAAGCAAACGAAGUCGGACGGAGAAGAAGUCUCAGAGGAAGCCCCCGCUGCGGAAGAACCGAAAGCAAAGGAAUCCGCCACAGUUUCUUUGGAUUCGAACGAACCUGGCACAACCACCAUAUCGGCUUACCCUUCCCGUCGCGGCAGCCGCGAUUUGAAGCGGAACAACAACAAGCAAACAGCAGUUCGGAAAAUGAGCUUCGUUCCUGGGGAAGAGAUUGAGAAUGUUAGAGAAGAAGGUAAGAAUAUUGAACUCGUUGCUGAGAUUUCCCUCUUGAAUGAGCAGAGGAAGGCUUUCGAGAAAGUGAUUGAACAAAUUCUCGGUGAUAAUGAGUUUCUAAAAUUUUUGGUUGAGUGGUUUGUGAUUGUGAUUGAGAAAAGUGAAUUGGUUGUUUGGAGGAGAUUUCCAAGAGACAAGAGUCUCAAAUCUGUUACUGAUUCACAGUAAGCAGAACAGAAGAAAAAAAAGUUGCUAAUUUCAGCAGCAACAAUAAAAUAAAAAGAUCCAUUUCAGCAAGAGGAAGAGAAGGCAGCAGCCAAAAUAUGUUGCAGCAGAGGGAAGAAACUUACUCCCCUGUUGAGUUUGAAGUCAAAAUUAUUCUCUUUGGAAUGCUAGCUAGCUCAAAAUCAGCAGCAACAUAUCAUCAUCAAGUUAAAGCAGAGGGAAGUAGCCAACAGAGCACUCCCCUGCUGAUUUCAGAUUUUUUUUCCAGAUGGAGUGCUAGCUAGCAAAGUCAGCAGCAUAUCCGGACCACUUUGAAGAUCCAUCUCAAGCAACAAAAAAGCUGAAGAUGUGAAGUUCAGCCAGCUAGCCAUGAUGCAGCGACAAUUUCAUUUGAAGAUCAUCGGAGUGCUAGCUAGCAAAAGAAAAAGCAUCGACAUAUCCCAUCAAAUUUGGAGAAACUCAAGCUACAAAGCUGAGUUGGGGGUUGAGGAGUUGAAGAAGAAUACCGGAAAGCUAGCUAGAUACAAAUGCAACGGCUUAUCUUAGUUAAAUUGGAGAAACUCAAGCUACAAAGCUGAGUUGGGGGUUAAGGAGUUGAAGUAGAAGAAGAUGAAGAUGGGAUACCAACUAGCCAAAGAUGCAGUGGUAUCACCAGUUGAAGAAGAAGAUUACAACCGGCGACCAUGAAUGUCAAAGUGGAUCGACAAGGUUUAGAUGAAAUUAUCAUCAUCAAGUUUACUUUAAUGUCAAAGUUUGUUUAGACUUUAGUUUGAGUUAAUGUUUAUCUUUGUAGUCUCCAAAUGCUAGCUUGCACAUGUUGUCUUGUAGUGCAAAGCUUUUGCCUAUUUAAACCCAAGUAUGAAUGGGAAACACCCAAGGUUUAGGGUUUCAUUUCCCCCAACUCAUCUUUGUUGUUACGUAGCUAGCGCCUUCGCCAUUUCCUUGUCGAUCGGCUUGGCAAAGGCCUCAUCACUCUCGUCGGAUUUAUUGGACUUCUUCGCCUUCUUGGUGAUUCGAACCAAUUUCGGAGACGAGAGUUGAGCAAGAUUAAAUAUGAGAAAACAAA